AUGGAUCCAAACGAAGAAGUUGGCCUUGAAGAGCGCCUGAAAUCCGCUCUUUGGCUGGCCAUUGGAAAGAUAGUUGACGACGAAACCAUCAAACUUGGUGUGAAUGCCACGCCCCAAUUCAUCGGAGCCUUGACGGAGAUGGUCUGGACCCAGAUAGAGACAGUCAGCCAGGAUUUAGAGUACUUUGCUAAGUAA